CACUGCAACAGCCAGAACAUGACUCGCAGGAUUCAUUUCUUAUGCAGCUCUCUGCCGCUGUCGCUGCUGCUGCUGCUGUUGCUCAACUUUGAGGCGGAGCUUGUGGCCGGCGAGUAUUCCUGGUGCGAUCCUCAAUUGUGCAAUGAGGGCGCCCGUCAUAUCGCUUGCAAUAAUACGGGCAAAUUCAACGAGACUUGCUCUGAGGAUGCAGUUAUCAUCAAUUUGCAGCCACAUCGAGACUUCAUUCUGGCCGAGCACAACAAGCGUCGCAAUUUCAUAGCCGCAGGACAUUUGCCGGGCUACUAUCCGGCCGCUCGCAUGGCUACCAUGAUCUGGGACGAGGAGCUGGAAUACUUGGCCACCUUGAACCUUAAGACAUGUAAUCUGGAUCACGACGAGUGCAAUAACUCGUAUCGCUUCCGCAAUGUCGGCCAGAAUCUCUGUGGCGUCGAUAGACCACGCAAUGCGCCACUGGAUGUGCGCGGCAUUGUGGUGAACUCGAUGGGUCUGUGGUUCGGCGAGUAUCCACUGAUCGACAGCAGCUACAUCACCCAGUUCCGCGUGGCCAGGCAUCUUGAUAAAUACGGACACUUUGCGGAAACUGUCGUAGAUCGCAAUACGCACGUCGGCUGUGCCAUGAUGCGCUUCACGAAUCCCCAGUAUCCCUUCCUCUAUAUCUACAACAUGGCCUGCAAUUAUGCCAGCACUUAUGCGGUGGGCGUCCAUGUGUACAAGGUGGGCGAACCUGCCUCCGAAUGCCUGACAGGUGCUAAUCCCAAGUAUCCCGCCUUGUGCUCCAUCAAGGAACAAUACAAUCCUAAUUAUAAUGAAUAUUGAUUAAAGCGAUUACCAAAGAUAUG